UCGUGUCAGCUUCCUGUUUACCGCCUGUUGUACCUUCAGACUGUAGUACACCGAUUGCGACACCACUCUCCACUGCUGGGGCUCUCGCCCACAACAACAUAUGCUACACCGAGGUCCUGCAGCCACGGGGUCGACUUCUGUACGUCUUUAAUCCGUUCAUCAUCAUGGCCGUGGUUACUAAGGCGACAUGAAGACGUGACAUUGAGCAAACGUGAGCAGGCCGGGAAGGAUCCUGGAGAUUUCCUGUCUCCAGCUGACCGGGAGUUCAGUUAGCUGGUGCUGGGACUCGGGCAUCACUUCAGCAGGUGUCGCAAACGAAACGGUGGUGAUGUGGAGGACUACAAAGGCCUGAAAUAGUCUCAAAUGCGGGUCUGAGUUAGUGGGAACGACCAACAUACGCCUUGGAAGCUCAACUAGCCUGUUAGCUAGUAGUGCUAACUCCGCUAGCAGUAGCAGCGGCAGCCGCCGUGGUGUGAGUGGCCGGCUGUGCGGGCUGGCUAACGGCUUGUGUUUGGAGAGUGGAGCUGCGCGCCGGUGCCCUGAAUUCAGGAAGAAUCCCCGGCUCCGGCCCCCUCAAGCGGGCAGUCAGGAAUAAGCUGGCUGGGAAGGGAUGGCCUGGUCGGUCUUCCCGUUCCAGAGGACAAGGCUCCGCGGUGUUUGAAGGAGGUCGAGUUCGGCUAGAGGCCACCACCGCGGGUCGAGGCGCUAUGAUGGCCGCCUCCCCCUCCGCGGCCGGCGGCUUCACGGCCUCCGGUCUGUCGGUCAAAAAGAGCGAGGAAAUAGCGGAUUUGAUAGAUUUGUUUUCCAAGAUUCAGUACAGAGCGAAGGAAGUAACUCCUCGGGUGGAGGCGAUAGAGAAGCGUUGUCUGGACUUAUUUGCCAGAGACUACAAGUACAGUAUCAUCCACAACGCCAAUGGAGAAGUGUGUGGACAUUACCCACGGCAGAUAGUUUUCCUGGAGUAUGAGUGCACAGAUGUCGAGAGAGACAGGGAGCAAAGGUCAGCCUCCGUCUCUUGCCCCUCUGAUCGCAUCAAGGCAGCAGAAGGGUUUGAGAGCACAGUGCAGAUCAGUAAGCUGCAGGACCUGGUGAACCGGAGUAAGCUGGCUCGCUGCAGAGGGAGGUUCGUCUGUCCCGUCAUCCUCUACAAUGGCAAGCAUAUUUGCCGGUCAUCCACUCUGGCAGGAUGGGGGGAGCUGUACGGACGCACGGGCUACAACUACAUCUUCUCAGGGGGCAGUGACGACACGUGGACGGAGUCUGAGGAGGUUCCAGAGGAUGACAGCGCAGCCAGGAACGGGGACUCCCAGCUCUUCGACAAGGUUCGAGGCCACGACAUUAAGCUGCUACGUUACCUCUCGGUUCGCUACAUCUGUGACCUAAUGGUGGAGAACAAGAAGGUUAAGUUUGGCCUAAAUGUGACAUCCUCUGAGAAGGCGGACAAGGCCCAACGCUAUGCAGACUUCACCUUGCUCUCCGUGCCUUACCCUGGGUGUGAGUUUUUUAAGGACUACAAAGACAGAGACUACACAGCAGAGGGUCUGGUGUUCAACUGGAAUCAGGACUAUGUGGACGCUCCUUUGACAAUCCCGGUGUGCUUUACCCAGAACUUGAACAUUGACUGGACUCAAUACCAGUCGUGGGACCUGGUGGAGCAGACCCAGAACUACCUGAAACUGCUGCUUCACAUCAUCAACAUUGAUGAUGAGAGUGGCCUCCUGGUGCACUGCAUAUCAGGCUGGGACCGGACGCCUCUGUUUGUGUCCCUCCUCAGGCUCUCUCUGUGGGCAGACGGCGCGGUGCACGCCAGCCUGGAGCCGGCCCAGAUCCUGUAUCUGACCAUCGCCUAUGACUGGUUCCUCUUCGGUCACAUGCUGCCAGAUCGACUCUCCAAAGGGGAGGAGAUUUUCUUUUUUUGCUUCAAUUUUUUGAAGCACAUUGUCUCAGAGAAGUUCUCUGCUGUUAGGAAACAGAGAAGGAAGAACUCCCACUUCAAAGACAGUGAUUUCACUGUGGAAGACCUCUGCCAGUUAAAGACGAGGGAUCGCGGCAGUGUGACCAGUCUGAGCAGCGAGUUCUCCCUUAUCACUGAGGAGGCGGGCGGCACCUCCAGCCUCAACAACGAAGCAGUGGACCUGUUCUCCAGCCAACCCCAGGCCUCCAGCUGGAGAAAAGGCACCACCUCCUCUCCUCAGAUGGUUGUUUGGAAUAAACAGAACCCUCUGGAAGAGCACCUCUCCCAUCCACUCAACGAGGCCAGGUCUUCCAGCUCCUCCUCCUCCAACCAGUCAGAACACGGUGUCACACGCACUGGCAGCAGCCCGUUGGCUGUCCCCGGAAGAAGGUUAGCAGCAGACUACACUCGGUCAGGUUCCUCCCUCUCUACAGAGUAUGGGAGCUGGCAGAUAGUUUCUGGUUGUGGCAGCAUCCACGACCACGCUCACUUCCCUCCACCUCUGGCCUCAGCCUCCUCAACCUCGUCUGCUGUCGCUGCUGCCUACGACUCCCCCCUGCCCUUCAGUUUUCAGGAUGAAGGACCCAGUGGACGGAUGUGUCCCUUCCCCUCUGAGCGUCAGGCCCGUCUGGAGGCGGUGCGGGAAGUCUUCCUGGCGGCCUACAGCUCCACUGUGGGCCUCAAGUCCUCGGCACCCAGCCCCUCCGGUGCAAUCUCCGGCCUGCUGGAGCAGUUCGCCCGCGGGGUAGGCCUCCGGGGCACAAACGCCAUUGUCUGAACCCUCUCAAUGUGACUUCAGUCCCUCCUCCUUCUUCCAUCCAUCCAUCAACAGACGAUUCAACACAUCUGGACUCAGUACGACAAAGUGCCAAACAUCUCUGUUCAGUGCAGGGGUGAAGCAUUCAUUUCUUUUUUUUUUUUUUUUUUUUUUUUUAAACUUACUUUGGUUUUGUUUUUAAACCUUACAUGUCCGGAUUGAAUUUUUUCUGUGAUCCUCCAAGUUUUCUCUGGACUUUUAAUCUUGUGUAUUGAGUUCAUCUGUCACAUUCAGGGAGGGAAAUGGUUUCAGCCACAGUAUCAAAAAGGGAUAAUGAAAUGUAAGUGGCUGAGAACAUGGGGUCUGUGCCUGUUACAGGCAGAAUAUAAAGAAUUCUUCCUUCCUCUGUUCUUCCUUAAUCUGCUCAUAAUUUUUUUAAGUCCUUGCAGUGACCGUCCCACGCACAGGAAGCGAUAUGUUUUUAGUCCUGUUGUUUUGUGCUGCUAUUCUUAACUGACCCAAGCAGUGGAAAGUUCUUUUGUUCAGGUGGAUUUGGAAGAAGAGAUAAAUACAGCACUUAUUGUGUUCUGACAGAAAUGGUACCAAGGUUUUUGGUUUCUAAUCUGGCACAGUAAAUUCAAAUUGGAAUAUCUAUCUAUAAAUAUCUAUCUAGCUUUGGGGUCUAGAGUUAAAGGAUAAGGUUGAAUUUUUAAAAGUCUGUCUUAAUGCAGUACUCGCAUGCCAUAUGUACAUUGAAGGAGUUUUUGGCUGCUGUAGUAAUUCCUUCUGUCCACUCUGGGAUUGAAGACAUUCCUUUGUAGUGCAACUGUACUGUAUCUGCAGUCCACGUUAAGCUAAUAUGAAGCUUCAGAAGUUUGAGUUAGUGCUUUGUCCAGGUGUUGUCCAUAUUCUGUGACUUGAUAAGGAAUUUCAGUCUUGGCCAAAUCCCUUUGGAGUUAAGGGUUCACCAUACUUGAAACAAACAGUUAUACAACAUGUCUGACCACGUGUAAAGGCAAAAGUAUUGACACCAUUUCUGAAAGGCCACACUACUGGAUGAAGAGGCCUGGUGUUGUAGAAGGGCAAGAGGCAAUGUUCAAAUUGGGAUAAAGGACAGUUUCUAGUUGAAGGCAUUCAUGGUCUUGUGAGGGACCCAAUCACGAUGUAAAGUGGCUGGAUUGAAGGUUUCAGAAAGUUACAGAAACUGCCAGACACAGCGCCUCUAAUCUGACUCGGGAUAAGGGGUAUCAUGUGCUGAUUGAUGAUGCCACAUGUACUUUUUUUUUAGGCAUACUGAAACCUUAAAGCCUUACAGUGUGAAUCUGACAAUUAGUUUGUAUGAAGUGUUGUCUAAACACGUCUAAGGGAAUGUUAAAAUGGGGAUAAGGGUGCACACUUUUCAGUUUCUUGUUGAAGGCAUUCAUGGUGUUGCAAAAAAAGUUCAAAACCUGCCUACUUUCUCACCUCUGCACACCUUGUCAAUCACUGUGUGAAGUGGAAGGAUCGUGGGUCUCAGAAAGUUAUAGAAACUGCCGGACGCAGCACCCCGAAUGACUUAUGGGAUGCUGUUCAAUGAUCCAACAAGCACUUUGUUUGAAGCAUACUGAAACCUUGAAGCCUCAGUGGGAACUCAAGUGUACAAACUAGUUUGUAAGAAGGGUUGGCCGAACCAGAACACACAAGGCAAAAGUGUUUAUAGUGGUUAGGAGUGGUCAUACUUGCAUGCUGGGCAAAAAGUUCCGUCAUUAUAUAGAGGUGUGAGAUGCAACCAAAUGUGAUUUUUGGCCCUAUUUCGGGGUACACUACAAAGUUAUCUCUUCACAGCCUGUAUGGACAGAAGGGAUGAUUACAGCGACCAGCAGACGUACAUAUGGUAUGUGAGGUAGAUGCCUUAAACAAAAUCUGAUCCUAUCCUUGAACUAGAUGACUUUCAAGUUAUAUUACAAAAUGUUUUCUUCAUAAAAUAAGUUUUAAGGAUUAAACAUCCACAGGGACUGUUCUGAAUGGCCUCGAAGAGCAGAAGAUGAAGCAACGAUCUUUUCAUCUCGCCAGUCUAAUGUCAUAUCCUUUACUUGAGUUCAUAUCCGGUCAUUUUUUUUCCUUCUUCUUCUUCUUCAGUAGCACUGACAUGGUAGCACAAGAGGCACUGAGCAUUGUGGUAGCAAACCUGUGAACCGAAUGCCUUUCCAACGUCCUUUCUUGUUGGACUCCAGUGAAGCGAGGUCCACGUGAUUCCUGCCUGUGCUGAGAUUUCCGCCCAGCUGUUACCACACAACUGUUCAGAAACACGUGAGCUGUACUUUCAGGUCACACUUAGACCGACAUUUCUACCUGGGCCACUCUCAGCUAGAUUCACACUUUAAAGUAAUUUUCUUCAGAGAUUUCUGUUGAGAGAUUUUAUUUGAAACUAGCUUGUCGGUGUUGCCAAACGGUUUUGACGGCUGCUGUACCUCAGGACCUUUUGUUGUGCCUUUUUUAUCUUCAGUAACGCUGGAUCAGACCUCUACUACUUCUGAUCCAGUUUCAGGUGUAUUUCUGUUACUUAAAUGGUUUCAAGAGCUUGUGGUGUUUGCAGCAGAUUGUUAAUAAAAGUUUUGAUUGUAGAGCAUUAGCAGCAUUAGCUUUGCAAUGAAGCUUUUGGGAUUGCCCCUUUAUCACUCACUUUGUUGAAGGACUAUAAGUCUUUUUUAGUUGUACAGUAACAUAAAGCUGUUGAGUCUUAUAGACAAACUGAUUAGGUUGACAUUUUUCAUUCACACCCAGAUUUAAGGCACAAAGAGAUUUUCAUUUCUGCCUUUGAACGAGACUGUAGCUGAAGAGGAUUUUAUUGAUUUUAAGGAAUAAUUCAAGUAGGAAUUUGGGAGAGUACUCACUUUCUUUCCGAUAGUAAGAUGAGAAGAUUGUCACCAAUAUCAUGUCUUAGUGCAGAGCUAGAGCUGGGACAUGUUUAGCCUACAUUAGCAUAAAGACUGAAGGAGAAACGGCUAGCUCUGCCUUUUCAAAAGUUCAAAAACAUGCAUAUCAACACCUCUAAAGCUCAUUCAUUAACGUGUUUAUCUAGUUUACUGAAUCCACACACAAACAGAAAUGUAAAAAUGGCAAUUUGACAUUUUCAGGGAUUUUGGUGGUGUAAUAUUUCUUGAUGAACAACAGUUAAUCUGUUAGCCUGUUAGUUCUGGAUUUUUACUUUUCUGUUCAAGUAUGGGUUAAAAGAUGAGAUACCUGUUGAUCAGUCAGUUUUAGAGGUGUUUUUCGGUGUGUUUUUCAGAUUGGACGUCGUGAGGCGUUUCUAGACUUUAUGCUAGGUUAGGCUCCAGCUCUGCGUUUCACUCACAGACACAACAGUGGUAUUGAUUUUCACAUCUCACUCUCAGAAAGAAUUUAAAUAAGCAACCGUCUUUUUACUGGCAGGAUUUGGUGUUCUGCUAUAGAUUCCAAGCCAAAUUCGGCUUCCUUUAUACCACAAAAACACAUUUGCUAAACUAUUUUUAAAGCCACAUCAGUCUUUAUCCCUUUUUUUCUUUGACAUUGUAAGGAAUUUGUUUGUAUUUGGUUCACAUGACCGCAUGUAUCUGCCUGGGCUGUCAAAGUGGUUUAAUUUUGUAAUCCUACACAAAGAACAAUCUGUCCAGCUUUAUUUGAGACUUUCAGGCAUGGCCUCCUCUCUUUCAGCUUUCUUGGUAAGAAACCUUUUCUGAAGAGGAGCUGUAAUUCAGUCAAGCUUUCAUAUCAUUUGUUUUUAUUUUGGCAUCAUUUCUACAGUCUGCCUGUAGCUGUUAACCAUCACAGGACACUCACAAAAGCAUUACUGUCAUUUUCACAUAGCUGAAAUUACAUAUUCUGAGUUACUUUCAAAUACUCUCCAAAAACUCACUCAGUCUGUCACUUUUUCGCUCACUUGUUUUGCAUUUCUCUCAAUUGCGGCAUAUAAUGGUUUUAUUUGUUUUUACAAGUUAAUUUUUAUUUCAGAAUCUCUUUUAUUAAAAUGCUGCAUUGCACUCGUCCUGAUGUUCAAAGUUUUCUUCUUUGUACAGUUGAUGCAUUUUUAAGUAAUUCUACCUUUGAUUUCUUAAUUGUUGGCAGGCUACAAUGAAAGGUGAACUGAGCAGUAAGUGGCAAUUGUGAAUAAAUGAAAAAAGAGAAUGUA